CUUCAUAGGUGCCUGGUUGGAGAUCCUAGUGGAAAGAGCUACGGCGAUGUGGCCUUUUUAGAGCAGCACAACCUUCAGGCUAACAUCCUCAGUUUGAUCUCCAGUGGUUGGGCGGAGGGUUGGACGUCAUCAGACAUCGAGCUGCUGUGUGAUGACGGCCGUCGAGCCCCGUUGUCAGAGUGGGAGAGCUGUAACCUCGGGGUCAUCCCACCGAACACUGUUAUGACACGGCCGGUGCUCACGGGGCGAGUGUACGACUUCCUCAUGAAGUCGCAGGAAACUUUGGCAGCCAAACCCGACGCAGACUUCCAGCUCUUUGAGUCUCAUCCGUACGGAGAAAGUGACCUGCUGUUCAAAGAUUCAACGCAGUGUUUCGUCCACACGAGUCACAUGGAUUACCGCUCCAUCCUCGGAGAGGAGUUUUACUCUCAUGCAGAAUCUGUCUUCAACUGCACGCACUCUGAUAUCCUGGAGUUUUGCCAUCAGGACGUGUGCAGCAUAUUCUAAAAGACAUAGAGAAGGAAACAACUCUUUAUGUUCUUCUUGAUGGUUAAAACCUUCACAUGCAUUCUUUUCAUCCAUCUCUGAUGCAAACUUUUAAUCAGGAUCAUACAACAACUGCUGGAUGUGUGGUCAUUCACAACAAGAUGUCAUGAAUUAAUACAUCGUAUCAAGUCAGAGAUGAACACAGCAUUGCAGCCAAAUACAAAUGAAGUAACUAGUGACCAACUUAUAUACAGGACAGUUUAUACAGUUUAACAGAAAAUACCUCCAUGCUGCUCUUGUGGUGUUAUGCAAGUGUUCGACAUUCACAUCUGACUCGAAACGGCGUCCAACCGUGUUUUUGGUCUAAAUGUCCAAGAUUUAGUCUCCCACUUUCAUUAAUUAUGUUUUAUGACAAAUACAUUAUUUAGUUUAUCAGAUCACUUCCUUUGUUUAAUCUUUCUACUUAAGAGUCAGAUGUGUUGUUAUUUUGUCCCCUCAGUCGUUGAGGGUUCUCCUUCUCUCUGCUACAACAGAACCCUCAUAAAGAUGGUAAUGUCCAUUUUAUUGUCUUUAAACUGAGGCUGUAGUUUGUAUCCGUCUGUUUGUUUUCAUUGUGUGUCUUUGUACUUAUCUUUACUCUUUAUGUUCAGGUACAUCACGUGUUGUUGACAGACUCAUAGUUAGACCCUUAGUGAUACACAGAGUCAAAUUUGGCAAAUAAAGUUGAUCCACACUGAGCUCCUGGGCCGAAGUCGUUUUACUACAACUCCCAGUUUGCAGCGCGAAUAUGUUUGGUGUUACGUGAAAUCGGGUAUUUCCGGUUCCUCUCCGUCUCUGUGCUACAAAGGUUCCUGUCUUAUAUCAGCCAGUGGGUUUGAGAUGUUACUGAAGAGACAUUUCUCCGCUGGAGACUCGCUGUUGAACCAGAAACUACAGUAACGUGACCGUGGGUCUGCUGGAGGAGACAGAGAAGAUGAGACUGCCAUGGUGGACCCUCACGUUACACAGAGGGCCUGUAAGGAGAGCAUCCUCAGUCCCUGCAGGUUUGGUGAACUUUGUCCCAGCCUGCAGCACCACUGACGCCCACUCCCAGGACCUCCUGCAGGAGUUUGUGUCUCGAGCCGGUCGCCUGUUUGUCAUCACCGGAGCAGGCCUCUCUACAGAGUCGGGCAUCCCUGAUUAUCGCUCAGAGGGUGUUGGACUGUACGCCCGCACGAGUAGGCGACCCAUGGAGCAUGCAGAGUUUGUCCGCAGCGCAAAGUCACGACAGCGCUACUGGGCCAGGAACUUUGUCGGGUGGCCGCAGUUCUCUUCCCAUCAGCCGAACUCUGCUCACAGGGUUCUUCAGCAGUGGGAGGAGAGGGGGAAGCUGCACUGGCUGGUCACACAAAACGUGGAUGCUCUUCACUCGAAGGCCGGACAGAAAAGACUGACUGAGCUCCAUGGCUGCACCCACAGGGUUGUGUGUCUCGGCUGUGGUGCCAUCUCUGCGAGGGAGGAGCUCCAGAGACAAUUCAUAUCAUUAAACCCAGGCUGGGGAGCUCAGGCAGGGGCCUCGGCUCCGGACGGCGACGUCUUCCUGGAGGACGAGCAGGUCCUUCAUUUCAGGGUUCCCUCCUGCGACGUGUGUGGAGGAAUACUGAAGCCUGAGGUGACUUUUUUUGGAGACUCUGUGAACAAAGGGACAGUACAGUUUGUACACGACAGACUGGCAGAGUCGGACGCAGUGCUGGUGGUGGGGUCCUCUUUACAGGUGUAUUCAGGAUACAGGUUCUUACUGGCAGCAAGUGACAGGAAAAUGCCGGUCGCCAUCCUGAACAUCGGGCCCACGAGAGCCGACCACCUGGCUCAGCUGAAAGUGAGCGGCCGCUGUGGUGAAGUGCUGACAGUCAUUCAGCCCCACUGACCCUCAUGGACAUCUUAUUUAAAAAUAUUCUGUAUUAGCUGAUCAGGAGACUGCGAACUACAAACUACCUCAUUUAACCAGAUGACAACAAAAUCCCCUUGAGGUUAAUGUUCUCAGCUGUUUGAAACUUGUUUUGUGAAAAAGGCAAAAGGAGCCAGAUUCAUAUUCACAUCUCUGCUGGAGGUUAAAACUGAUGUGCACUCACAUGUUCUUUGCAAAACAACUAAAUAUUUAUAGGAUGAAUGUCUUUCAUUUUUUGGAAAUUCAACAUCUCUGGAUUGAUCAAUGGAUCAAUAUCUUGGCUCUGCACACUUCAAGUAAACUGAUGGUGCUUUCAUUUAAAUAAUCAACACCAAUUGACCUGUUAUUUUUAAAUUAAACACCAACUGUUGUGUAAGUUGCUGUUACAUAAAGGCAUCAAAUCAUGUGGCCGGUACAAUACAACAGAUAAGUAAUAUUUUAGAAAUGGUGUGAUGGUUCUAAAGGGUUAAUUUUAUGUUAUCAUUGAAUGGAUUGGGAUCUUGUAUAAUGUGGUGCUGAGACUGAUUCAUUUUAAAUGUUAACAUACCUUAGAGAAUGUACCUUUUCUCUGCUUGUAAACCAGGUAGAAGCUUGAGACUGUAAACAGUGUCUGACAGAAACCUAUUGUCUGUUUUAAUUCUUUUAAAUACAUUAUUUUAAGACAUUACACUUUACAUCAGCAUGUCUGUUAUUUGUCACAA